AUGGACACUAUUUAUAAUCAAAUUUAUGUGCCUAUUACCAUCUAUGCCUGCGGCAGCUGGGGUUGGGCUGUGCGCAAAGUGCACAUCAGACGCAAAUUGAUUGCCGCCCACAGAAGAGCCCUCAUGCACAUAACUAGAGCCUAUAAAACGACCCCAAACAUCUCCCUCCAGAUUUUGGCUAGGAAAGCACCGAUUAAUCAUCUAAUUGACUAUAACACUAAGCUUUGGCAUCUUAAGUGGAGUAAGGCUAUCUGCAUCAAUAAUCAAAUUAUCGACAGUCAGGAUCUUGAAUGCAACAUUCAGUAUGCUAUAACUAGACAUCCAGCCACUCCUAAUAAGAUCAACUUUUACCAACCUGAUCAUGUGGAUAUAGAAAUCUUUACUGAUGGAUCCAAAGCAAAUUUCAGUGUAGGCAGUGCCUUUGUUGCCUUCCACAACAAUGAGGAAAUCGCCUCUGGUCAGCACAGGUUGGGCGAUCAUUGUUCUGUUCUCCAAGCCGAGAUGUUCGCCAUCAGGUCGGCUGUGGCCUGCUCUGUCUCCAACUUUGCAGGCAAAUCUGUGGCCAUCAUCUCGGACAGUGCAUCUUCAAUCUCCCUCAUAAAAAACCAUUCCUGUCAUCCCAUCUCUACAGAUAUACAGGACACUAUCAACAAUUCCUGCAAUAUUUUCUUCAUCUACUGGACGCGUGCUCACCAGGGCACGCUUGGUAACGAGCGUGCUGAUGCCUUGGCCAAAUCUGCUAGUGAUGACUCUAACCUUCCAGUCGCCUAUAAUAAAAUUAACAGCAACACUGUCAAAAACCUGCUAUGGAAGGACCUUCUUGUGACUUGGCAACAGGAAUGGGACAAUCAUAACCACCCAGUUACACACAGAUUCAUCCCAAACAUUGAGAGUUUUCUCCUUAAUAAAUGGUACAUUCCAGGUCACCGCAACAGCCAGUUUCUCACCGGCCAUGGUAGAUUUCAGUCAUACUUGGCUAGAUUUGUCAAUGCCCCUAGCUCUAACUGCUCCCUCUGUGGUACUAGUGACAGCAAUCUCCAUUACAUCUUCGACUGGCCCAUGCUGGAGCUGGAGAGGCACUAUUUAAAGUCCACCAUUGAAGCACACGGGUACAGCUGGCCUAGAGAGUGCUACAGCUUCUUCAACCACCAAGACUCUUACCUCGCUUUUCUUGUGCUGAUAAACAACUACUUUGGUCGUACCACUGUCACUGCUUAUAUCUAA